AUGUUGGCCGUCGAGAACAUGAACCACUUCCCCUACCCAAGCAUGGAGACGUAUGCGCCCAUGCACUACGCCGGCUACAUGCCUGCUAUCACCACGCUCCCCAAGCCCGCUCCCCGGAGCCGCCCCCCGCCCAAGGCCAGCCGCGUCCGCCUCACCCUCCCCAAGCACCCCGACCCCGAAGACCCCAAGCCGACGCGCCAGAGCAAGCGCGCUGGACCUGACUACCAAACCGCCCGCGCGAAGCGCGCCGAGAAGAAGGCCAGAGCCUACAUUGACACCCUCGAAGGAGCUAGCACCGCGGGUCUGCGCACCCGCAGGCAGGCCGAGAAUGAGAUAGGCCGCAUCAUGCGCUCUGUGAACAAGACGAUUGAGGAAGCCGCGGCUGGCGGCUGCCCUCCUCCCCCACCCCCUCAUGGACGCCUCAACACUGACGAUGAAGAAACCCCCGAAUCCGUCGAGCGCAAGCCGCUGAAGAUCAAGAUCCCCAAGUCCGCCAUCGUCAACUACAACAACAGAGUGCGGGAGAUGGACGAGCUCACCUCGCUGCUCGGCGGCGCCUGCGCCGUGCAGGAGAACUACGACAUCGACUCGCUCACGCGCGUCACCGAGCGCAGUCUGAAUGUCGGCAGUGGCGAGAGGCUUGUCAAGCGCGUCUGCUUUGAGGAGGAGCUGCAGCCGCAGCCCUCGCCGAUGCGCCAGAUGGAGAUCGAGGUGGAGACGAGGAUGUUCUUGGCCGAGAUGGAGGAGCAGCUGGGGAUGAAGAAGACGAAGCCCUCGGUGGCGGCGGUCCCGCUCGCGCAGCCGGUCGAGGUUCACUCGCAACGGGUUGAUGCGCCGUCCAUGACUGUCGACGCGCAGUCCAUGGCUGUCGACGCGUACGCCAUGGUCGACGCGGACGCCAUGGCCAUCGACGUCGACUCCAAGACCGCCCGCAAAGCCGCCUACCGCGAAGCCAAGAAGCAGGCGCGCCGCGAGAAGCAGGCCAGCAAGAAGCGUGAGGUACAGAACCGCCGGACGCUGCGGGCCCUCGAGGGGCAGCAGCAGGCUCUCGAGGAUAUCCUCCUCGACGUGCCGUCGGAUAGGGUGCUUCCGGUCGAUGAGAGGCUGGUGGUCGACGAUGGCAGGGCGGACAACAAGUACUUGGUGGAGGACACGGCGGACUACAACGUUGUCGGCCCUCGGCGCCACCGUCUCGCGGGUAGGAUGAACGCGAGCCCGUACGGUGCUGCGCUGGCGGAGAAGCGCUCGAGGCGCAACUACUAG